GUCUUCUUUUGUAUUGAAAUACUUAGGAUAUUUCUACUUUGCACAGUAGUUUGGAAAUUGUUCUGAGAGUGUUGUCAACUUGGAGGUCUCUGCUGAGAAGUCAGGCUGGAGCAACCAGAGUUACAGGAGUAACCUGACUUGCUUAGGUCGUGUGUAAAGAAGCAUAUGAAAAUGAAGAUUACUCUGCCGUGUCUUAGGUUCCCAGAAUAGAAACCUGUUUGCUCUAAACUAAGCGGGGUCAACUCUGCUUUCUGACCAGAAUGGAUUGAUUAUGUGUUUUUUGGUAUGUUUGUUUUUGGUUUUUGGUUUGUUUGUUUUUAUAGUACUGGGGAUUGAAUCAGGACCUUGUGCUUGCAUGGCAGGUGCAGUGCCACUGAGCUAAAUCCCCAGCCAUGAGAAUGGGUCGAUGACUUUAAGAAGAGGGACACUGUCACUCUCACUCAUUUUAAGGAAAUGAUCUCGCACCUUCUCUUCCUUUACAAGAAGAUUUUGUUUAUCACUGGAAGGCAAUUACCCAUUAUUACAUAGAGACUUCAGAUGAUAAAGCCCCAGUGACUGAUACAAACAUUCCAUCCCAUCUGGAACAGAUGCUAGAUAUACUGGUUCAAGAAGAAAAUGAACGGGAAUCUGGAGAGACGGGGCCAUGUAUGGAAUAUCUACUGCAUCACAAGAUCUUGGAAACAUUAUAUACCUUGGGGAAAGCUGAUUGUCCUCCAGGAAUGAAACAGCAGGUUUUGGUAUUCUAUACUAAACUUCUGGGAAGAAUCCGGCAGCCACUACUUCCACACAUUAAUGUGCACAGGCCCGUGCAGAAAUUAAUUCGACUCUGUGGUGAAGUGCUUGCAACACCAACGGAAAACGAAGAGAUCCAGUUUCUCUGUAUUGUGUGUGCAAAGCUGAAACAGGAUCCCUACUUGGUUAAUUUUUUUUUGGAGAACAAGUUGAAGUCAUGGGCUUCUAAAGGAGCACCAAAUCUGAUUCCAGAAGACGCGUUGAAAGGUCAGGAUUCCUUGUCAGCUGACCCGGGACAGUCCCGGGAGCCAGAAGAGCUGUGCGGCGCCUCGGCUGCGGCGGAGCUGGAGGACGGGUCCCCGCCCGGCGAGCUGACCGCCAGCUUGGGGGAGCUCAGCGCCACGUCCCUGCCGGAGGCCUCCGUCGUCCGUCCCAACCAGGAUUAUAAUUUAGUGAAUUCUUUGUUAAAUCUUACCCGAAGCCCUGACGGCCGGAUAGCCGUGAAAGCCUGUGAGGGCCUGAUGCUGUUAGUGAGCUUGCCCGAGCCGGCGGCUGCCAAGUGCCUCACUCAGAGCACUUGCUUGUGCGAACUGCUGACCGACAGACUCGCCGCGCUGUACAAGGCCCUGCCUCAGUCUGUGGAUCCCUUAGACAUUGAAACAGUGGAAGCCAUUAACUGGGGCUUGGACUCAUACAGUCAUAAAGAAGAUGCUUCAGCAUUUCCAGGAAAACGGGCCUUAAUUUCAUUUCUUUCCUGGUUUGAUUAUUGUGAUCAGCUCAUUAAGGAAGCCCAAAAGACUGCUGCUGUUGCUCUUGCCAAAGCUGUCCAUGAAAGAUUUUUCAUUGGCGUCAUGGAACCUCAGUUAAUGCAGACUUCCGAGAUGGGCAUCCUGACGUCAACGGCUCUGCUUCACCGCAUCGUUCGGCAAGUAACCUCUGACGUUUUGCUUCAAGAAAUGGUAGUUUUCAUCCUGGGAGAGCAGAGAGAACCAGAGACUCCUGCAGAGAUUAGCACACACCCUCUAAGGCACAGAUUAAUUGAACAUUGUGAUCACAUAUCUGAUGAGAUAAGCAUCAUGACACUGAGGAUGUUUGAACAUCUUCUACAAAAACCCAAUGAGCACAUUCUUUACAACUUGGUCCUAAGAAAUCUUGAAGAAAGAAAUUAUACAGAAUAUAAGCCUCUGUGCCCAGAGGACAAAGAUGUGGUAGAGAAUGGAUUAAUAGCAGGCGCAGUAGAUCUGGAAGAAGAUCCAUUAUUUACUGACAUUUCACCAGAUAAUACUUUGUCAAAACAAGAGUGGCUUAGUUCUUCACCUCCCACUACGCCAGACCACCCCAAGAAUGAUGGGAAGACCGAAGUCCAUAAAAUUGUAAAUAGUUUUCUUUGUUUGGUCCCGGAUGACGCAAAAUCAUCCUACCAUGUUGAGGGCACUGGAUAUGACACCUACCUCCGAGAUGCUCAUAGGCAGUUCCGGGACUACUGUGCUAUCUGCUUAAGAUGGGAAUGGCCUGGGUCUCCGAAAGCACUGGAAAAGUGCAAUUUAGAAGCAGCUUUCUUUGAAGGUCAUUUUUUGAAAGUUUUAUUUGACAGAAUGGGAAGAAUUCUUGAUCAGCCAUACGAUGUGAAUUUACAGGUGACUUCCGUGUUGUCCAGAUUGUCCCUCUUCCCUCAUCCACACAUGCACGAGUACCUUUUGGAUCCCUAUGUGAACCUUGCCUCUGGCUGUCGAUCCCUCUUCUCUGUAAUCGUCAGGGUUGUUGGAGACCUUAUGGUUCGAAUUCAGCGUAUUCAGGACUUCACACCUAAGCUGCUGUUAGUUAGAAAGCGAUUGCUUGGUUUGGAACCUGAAGGCCCUGUAAUUGACCAUAUCACGUUGCUAGAGGGUGUGAUUGUGUUAGAAGAGUUCUGUAAGGAGCUGGCGGCAAUCGCAUUUGUGAAAUACCACGCUUCCUCCACACCAUAAAUAACAUCUUUCAAGUCGCUAAGGCAACUGAACUAUCAUGUACACUUCAUCAGAAAAGACUCAGUCCCAUGCAGCCAAGAGAGGAUGAAAAGCCUUUUUACAUGAAGUAUUGCUGUGAACUGGACAGAACCUUUAAGGACCUUUUAGGUGAACACUCUGGAUAAAAUGUGGCGUAGCGUUGUUUUCAUUGGCUCUAUCAUAAUGGGUCUCUAUGUUGUACGUUGUUGAACCCAGGAUACAAUCAAAGGAACUUCAGGAAAUAAGCAUUCUGAUGACUGUGUGAAAUGCCGAAAAAUUCCUGAUGUCAUGACUUUGAAGAUAUUUCUGUUAUCUUAACAUCCUUUUAGGUAGCAAGGCAUUUUGACAUUCUGUGGGACUCCAAUGCUUAUAUUCUUUUGGAUUAAUAAGUAGCAAAAAAUUCACUAAUUUUUUAACUUUUUAAGGUUAAGAUUCUUAUCAAAAAAAAUAUUUAAAACUGUAAAUGAGGAAAAAUAUAAUCCAGGAACCAUCUAUGAAUUGUUAAUGAUAAUAAAUAAAAAUGUGUAGAGCAGCAUUAACUUUCUUUAGCUUUUCUAAGAAUAACAAUUUAAUAUGAUAAAUUCUUGAUUAAUAUAUAUUUUUAAAGAAACAUUCUUUUACUCUUUUGUGCACAUACCCAUGUUAGUGAUUAAUUUUCGUCUGUGGGUCCCAGUUUACUUAAACUGUCAUUUUUUGCAACAACAUUGAAUUGGUGUUCAUUGUUGGUAGUGUUUGCUAAAAUAGUAUUUUUAUGAUAAUAUGUACUCAGUUGUGAGCUUUUUUGUUCUUUCCCUCUCUGAAAGUUGUUUUAUGAAAUUCUUCAUAAUCAAUUUUCUUACUGAAGUGCACGGUAGUGUCCAAGUAGGCAACAGUCAGGAUGCCGGUGGCCUCAAUGUUUACAUUUGUUUCAUUUCACUUUGUUGUCUUUUGUCUUAAAUGAUUCUAAAGAGGUGAGAGAAAACAGUCUUUUAAAUGUCCUGUUUACACGUCGGAGGGUUCUGAGACCCUGUGUGUGAUUGCAGGGCACACAGGCAGGACAGCCUGGUCUGGCCGCUGUGUGGCGUGCAGCAGGCUGUGGUAACUUCACAUCAAGGAGCUCGCUAGUGUCGUUCUGUUCUUUCUUUAAGCUUGCUCAUUGUCCCAAUAUUGCUUUAAAGCCUUUGUUUUUUUUAAAUGUUAAGCAGCAGCACUUUCCUCUUUACCUCUCCAUUUACGGAUUUUGGGGGAGAUACUGUCACAUGUUCCCUCUCGGACCUUCAGAGGCGCUGUCUCGGCCCUGGGAAAGCCAUUUCGUGUGGCGCGUUUGCACACAUACUGAGUGGCGUGUGCACAGAGGCACGUUUUAGGCUUAUCUGCUCAUUUUGUUGUAGUAGUGUUUCUGAUUUAUUUCAUAGUUAGCUUUUGCUAUUUAUUAAGAACAAAGUAUCAAGAUUAUGAAUAGUUUUAGCUCUAACAUGCUCAUCAUUAAAACAUCAAAAAAGACUAAGUUUUUAAUUUAGUACAAAUCUUUCUUAGCUUGGUCUAAAAAAAUUCAUUGAGUAAAACAAUGAAACAACAAAAAUGGGAGAUAGUUACUGCCUGUGUGGUGUUCUUUUCAUGAUUUUGAGUGAUAUGAAGUAUUAUGUGGUUUGGUGUAUUUGUUGGACAAUUUUUGCAAGGAACAUUGCAGCAUCUCCAUUUUUAGAAGUAGCUACAGUCUACUUUGAUGUGGUUGUAUAU